AUGCCCCGCUGCGCACACCCUCUCUUUAGAAACAUCGUCAUCAGGAGUCCGUUGGACAGUGUCAAGAGGAAGCAAUGCCUCCAGUACCUGAAGAUGCUGAGAGCGCUGCAGUUUGACGGGUUUACGACGGUGUACCUGGGGGAAACAGAGAUCCCCGAGAGCCUGGCCACGGGGGAGGACGUCAGGGGCGAGCUCCGCGUGCCGAGUCCGAGCUGGUGCGUGGUGCACGCGGGGGGCAGCCGGGGCUGGGUGCCAUGGCGGUACCGGGUGUUCCUGAGAGACGAGCUGAGCGUCCGCCCGGAGGACGGCUUCUUCGCCGAGUUCUGCGAGGCGGUGAGGAAGACCUACGGGAAGUGCGCCAUCGUGGUCAAGGACGCCCGGUGGCCGGACGCCAGGCCCAACGAGGACGGGGAGCCCCAGGCCCAGGCCCGCGCCCGGUCCGCCGUCCACCUGACGAGCAUCGCCUGCUGCCCCGACGUGGCCAAGGCCCGUGGGCACGAGCUGCUCUGCCUGCCUCCCCCGUACAGCUACCUGAACCCGCUGGACCUGGCCUGGUCUGCGCUCAAGUGGUUCAUCAUCAGCCACCGGAAGGAGUUCUGCCUGAAGUCCAUCGACAGCCUCUACACGUACCAGUUCCUCCUCCUCAGUGACCUCAUCAGCAAAGGGAUGGAGAGCAUCGGCCCCAGCAAGUGGAGGACCCUCAUCAACAAAGUGCGCAGGUGGGAGAACUACUACCUCGGCAAGUUCUCUUAAGGGCGCGUCCUCGCUGGGCAGCCAGGCUGGGCCCAGGCGCGGUCACGGCCCACGGCCUCCCUGGGCUCGACUCCGGACCACGGCAGCCACUGGUACUCCCACGGCGACCGCGCAGGGAC